GUACAAGGAAAUCCCGUACGUCAGAUGAGCAACGUCCUUCCAACAAAACACGCUUAUAACACAGUGUAAAUAUUUUAUACUGUGCUUAUAGUGUAGACGUGUUCUGUUCGUGAAAUAAAAAUAAUAUAUUUAUGUACAAGACUUAAUGUAUUGAUAACCUUAUGCCGCUCAGGUUAAUCAGUUGGGUGUUGAUUGUCUUGGCCGAUACUUGACUAACUUAAUUUAUCUCAUUUGUGUGGAAAACCAUGUAUAAUAUGUGUAUAAAAAUUUGUGUUAUAAGUUUCAUUUUAUUGUCGUCUGCUCUAUGUGCUAAAGAUGUAUGCCAACAUGAUUCACAAUGUAAGAGAGUAACUCAAUGUCCAGGCAUAUACGAGAAUUUGCAGACAAGUAACAAACGAUUAUUAUUUAUAAAUUUACUCAAAACACUUGGGUGCGGUUUUGACACGGAUGAAACUCCCAUGAUAUGCUGCCCAAAACUUUUGGCCUCAGCUAAUGGGACAGAUUUGUUACCAGAUAUUUCAAUUUGUGGUACACAAAAUGAAUAUAGAAUUGUUGGCGGGACACAGACUGAGAUUGAUGAGCAUCCAUGGAUGGCACUGUUGAAGUAUACGAAACCAAAGGGAAGUGGAUAUUACUGUGGCGGAGUGUUAAUAUCUUCUAGAUAUGUUCUCACAGCAGCACAUUGUAUAAAAGGAGCGGAUUUACCAUCAACAUGGAAUUUGAGUGAAGUGCGUCUCGGAGAAUGGAAUCUAAAAACAACUCAAGAUUGUAACCGAGACGAUUGCGCUUUGCCAGUUGUGAAUGUUCCCAUUGAAGAAGUUAUACCGCAUGAUCAAUAUAGUGCACACGAUGGAAAUCAGCAAUAUGACAUAGCGCUUAUAAGAUUGGCGAAUGAAGUUAAUUUUACUGACUUCGUGAAGCCAAUUUGCUUACCACACGCUCCAGAAUUUAAGAGCAUGAAAUUUGAAGGAAUGACAAUGGAAGUUGCUGGUUGGGGAAAGACCGAAACAAAAUCUACAUCGGAUGUGAAACUUAAAGUCCGUCUGCCUGUUAUAAAAGAGGAUGAUUGUAAAGAAAUUUAUUCAGCUGCGAACAGAGUGAUAACGGAUAGGCAAAUGUGCGCUGGUGGUUUGUCGGGUGAAGACUCUUGCCGGGGUGACUCCGGAGGCCCACUCAUGGGUCAGGACAAUACAAAUAACAAGGGUAAAUGGUUUGCGGUGGGUAUAGUGUCCUAUGGACCAUCCCCUUGCGGCACCUUAGGUUGGCCUGGUGUCUACACGCGUGUUACAUACUUUACCGACUGGAUUAUUAGCAAUAUGCGAUCAUAACUAUGUUCAAGUCUUUUCUGAUAAUAUUUACGCAUGCAGUAAAGCGAAAUUUUGUACAUACAAUUGGUAUUUGAAAUGAGAACUUUAACAUAAAUUCCCAAAACACCGAGAGACGUUUAAACAAAUUAGAAAAAAAAGUAAAUAUAUAUGACAGAUAUGAUAAUUUCACACAAAUUCCUGUAAUAAAAAUAUUAAAAUAUAAACAAAUCAAAACAAUUGUAUGUUCUUCCAAGAAUACAUGUAAAUCUUGUGUCUGCUAAUAUUUAUUAAAGCCCGCUGUAUAAAGAUCAAGGUCUAAUUGAUCUCAUUCCGUCAAGGCCGUGAAUUUGCAUCAUCGGAAUCGCUUAAUUGAAGCAACCUGAAUGUGCCAUUUUAUCGUUUUAUUAAAGAUACCUUAUUUAAUAUGUG